GGCAUUUUGAAAUUUUGUUUGACACUGAAUUGAUAAUCAACAAGUAGAUAUAACAAAGUUAAUUAUGAAAAAAGAACUUUUUUCAAAUGAAUGACAAACAAAUGUACUAUAUCAUAAUCAUAAUAAGAUAGCUACUUAUUAUUAUUUUAAAUUACAUUGUCAGUUUUAGUAAAAUGUCUCACAGAAUCUUAGAACUUUACAGCGGUAUUGGUGGCAUGCAUUGCGCGUGGAAUGGGUCUGGAUUGAAUGGUCAAAUCAUUUUAGCUGUGGAUAUAAACAAUGUCGCCAAUGAUGUCUAUAAAUGUAACUUCCCCAAUACUCUUUUAUCAAAUCGAAAUAUACAGUCCUUGACACCAGAGUAUAUCAAAGAACUUAAUGUGAAUACAAUUCUAAUGUCGCCACCUUGUCAACCUUUUUCACGAAAUGGAAAGUAUUUAGAUGAAACUGAUACAAGAACUAGUUCAUUUUUAUACUUAAUUACAUUGUUACAACAUUUAGAGAAAAUAGAGUAUAUUUUAAUGGAAAAUGUAAAAGGUUUUGAAUGCUCUACAGUAAGAAAUUUGUAUAUAAAUAAAUUAAAAGAAUGUAAUUACAAUUAUCAAGAAUUUCUCUUAUGUCCGUCCAGCUUUGGUAUGCCUAAUUCGAGACUAAGAUAUUAUUGUAUAGCAAGACGAAAAACUUCUGAAUGGCACUUCAAAAGAAAAGAGGAAGUUAUAACUAGUCUUCCAAAUGAUUAUAGAGAUUGUAUGGCCUUAGAAGAUAUUAUUGAAAAGAAUGUCCCAGAAAAAUAUUUAGUCAGUGAUAAAUUGUUGAAGAGAGCAAAUAUAAUGGACAUUUGUUAUAAGGAUUCCACACGAUCCUGCUGCUUUACUAAGGCAUAUACACAUUAUGUUGAAGGGACUGGCUCUGUUUAUACUGAUGCUUCACCCCAGGAAGUUGAAGAUUGUUUAAGACUAGCAAAUACAUUUGAUUAUAAAAGUAAUGAAUUUGUAGAGAAAAUAAAGCAAUUAAAAUUGAGAUUUUUCACUCCAAAUGAAGUUCUCUCUUUAAUGAUGUUCCCAAAAAAUUAUAAAUUUCCUGAAAAUAUUACAACAAAACAGUGUUACAGGUUAUUGGGGAACAGUGUCAAUGUUAAAGUUAUUACAGAACUAUUAAAGAUACUCUUUGAAUGAUUGAAAAAUAUAUUUUUAAAACUGA